GUUGAACAGUCGGGGAGGACACAACGGAGACGCGUCCGUGGAUUAUACACACACGGAGACGGGCUUUUACUCCGGAGAUGUGCGUCUGGAAAGGUACGGGACGCGUAAAUAUCCGCGCGUCGUGGGUCUACCUUUGGAAUAUACAUCAUUUGUGAAAGUGAUUUACUAUUUCCUGCAGACAAUCGGAAAAAUGCUUCAUUCUUUGAAUACUUGAGGAGUGACGACAACUUUCCUCUGUGCAGACUUCACUGCACAAACCGACAUUUUUACGCAUGGAAGUGAAAACGAGCGGACUGGAUUAUUGGACAAUGCAGACACGGACAUUUACCGAAAGGGAUUUUGCAAAAUUAAGCACCGGCUGUUAGAAGUGUCUGCAAUCGGUGGAGGGAGAGAGGGAGGAGGAGGAGAGGGAGAGAAGGAGGGAGGAGGGGGGGGGGAUACGAACCGAGCAAUGUUAUCCGCGGAGAUGCGUUGUUUGCUGAGGUUCCUGCGCACGGAUGUUGCAGCCUGGACGGACUGCACACGGAGCCUGUGGGUGACUGUGAUUGGACCGGACACAGACUGGGGCUGACACACUCAUGUUUGUCCGAGUGGAAAUGUUUUGGGGAGGAGAUCAAUAUGAGUUCCAAGGAGGGACAUGCCAGUUAAGUCUUACUAUGAGGACGCAUGGAUUAUCUAUCCCCCCUCCAUCAUAUUUAAUGUGACUUUUUUUUUUUUUUUUAAUGCCUUUGAAAACUGUUCUGAGAUUGUUAUGAGUGUUUUUUUCUUGCACUGAAGUUUUAUUGACUAUCACGCACGGGACAUUCAUAAUGUAUCUGAAUGUCUUAUGAAAAACUCAACUUUAUGGAUUACUUAAUGCACAUCUAACCGUAUAUAUAUCUAUAUAUAUAUUCCAUCUGGACCUGAAGUUAUGGGACAUUUUAGAAAGAGAACCAAUCUGCUGACUUAUUUUUUCAAACUGUAAAAUAUAUUCACACAUGAUGCCCAGAAGCAUGGCAGUUAACUGGGUUGUAUAUUCUAUGUUUUUACUGCCGCUGUUUGCAGUGGGAAUGACUUUCUCGGGGGUCUUCAAUGCCACAGAUAGAGACAUUUUAACGGAUGAUUUGCUGCAGGUUAAGCCCACACAAGACAACAGAGCAACAGAGCGGUGGAAACUCCAGUCUGCCGACUCCCAUCCUAACCUAUAUUUUAACCAAGUGGAUGUGUUGCACUUGAGGCAAAGGUCCUCCACCACCCACAGUCACAUAUUUAAAGUCAUCCGAGCAGCAGUUCUCACCAUGUUGUCUAAUGUCCCCUUUUACAUGCCCCCUGUAAAACAUGAGGAGUUUACUAGCAAGUGGAAUGAGAUUUAUGGGAAUAACCUGCCUCCUCUGGCUCUGUACUGCCUGUUGUGCCCGGAGGACUCUCCAGCCCUGCAGUUUCUUAUCAAAUUCAUGGACAGGAUGGCCGAGUACCCGGACUGGAAGGUGACCAGCGCACCUAACGACGAGGUACCGAUGGCUCACUCUCUUACCGGGUUUGCUACCGCCUAUGACUUUAUUUACACCUUCUUAGAUGAACGGCGGAGAGAUAUAUACCUCAAGAAAAUUCGCUCUGAGACGGAGGAGUUGUAUGAGACUUCAAAAUACAGAGGAUGGGGGAAGCAAUAUCUGCAGAAUCAUCAAACUACUAACAUACUAGCCAUCCUCACCGGUGCAAUAGUGGUUGGAUCACACAAUGACCCUGAGUCCAUGAUCUGGAAACAAGUGGCAGUGAACUAUAUGGAGAAAACCAUGUUUCUCCUGAACCAUGUGGUCGAUGGGUCUCUGGAUGAAGGAGUCGCCUACGGGAGCUACACCGCCAAGUCUAUCACGCAGUACGUCUUCUUAGCUCAGCGCCAUUUCAACAUUGACAACAUGCAGAACAACUGGCUGCGGGGACACUUCUGGUUUUAUUAUGCCACUCUGUUGCCGGGGUUUCAGAGAACAGUUGGCAUCGCAGACUCCAACUACAACUGGUUUUAUGGCCCCGAGAGCCAGCUUGUUUUCCUCGACACAUUCAUCAUGAGAAAUGGGACGGGUAACUGGCUCGCUCAACAGAUUAGAAAGCACAGACCCAAGGAUGGUCCCAUGGGGCAGUCGUCAGCGCAGCGCUGGGCUACACUUCACACAGAAUACAUCUGGUACAACUCCCACCUCACACCGCAACCCCCUCAUGAUUUUGGCAAAGCUAGGAUGCAUAUUUUCUCUAACUGGGGUGUGGUUACCUAUGGAGCGGGGCUGCCCAAUGCACAGGGUAAUACUUUUGUCUCCUUUAAGUCUGGCAAACUGGGUGGCCGUGCAGUUUAUGAUAUAGUCCAUGACAAGCCUUACUCCUGGGUGGACGGCUGGAACAGCUUUAACCCGGGUCAUGAGCACCCUGACCAGAACUCAUUCACUUUUGCUCCAAAUGGACAAGUAUUUGUGUCUGAAGCACUUUAUGGCCCUAAAUACAGUUAUCUUAACAAUGUACUGGUGUUUAGUCCGUCUCCCACCAGCCAGUGUAACACUCCGUGGGAGGGUCAGUUGGGGGAGUGCGCUAAGUGGCUGCGAUGGACUGAUGAGGGGGUGGGUGACGCCAGAGGGGAGGUGAUUGUUGCCUCCUCACACAGGGACACCAUGUUUGUAAGCGGUGAAGCUGUUUCAGCCUACUCCCCAGCCAUGAAACUAAAGAGUGUGUUCAGAGCCUUGGUUCUGCUCAACUCACAGACCUUACUGGUGCUGGACCACGUAGAGAAGGCGGCCGAGUCACCUGUGAGGUCGUUCAGCGCUUUUUUCCACAAUCUAGACAUUGACUUUAAAUACGUUCCCUUCAGAUUCAUGGACAGAUACAAUGGUGCGAUGAUGGAUGUGUGGGACGCUCAUUACAAAAUGUUCUGGUUUGACACACAGGGUCACAGCCCUGAGACCAGGAUACAGGAGGCAGAGCAGGCGGCUGAGUUUAAAAAGAGGUGGACUCAGUAUGUCAAUGUCACGUUUUCAAUGACAAACACAGUCAGCAGAGUGGCUUAUAUUUUACACGGCCCGUACGUCAAAGUUUCUAACUGUAGAUUUAUAGACAAUAACAAAAAUGGAGUGAGACUCUCUUUAACCAUAAAUAACACAGAGAACAUAGUGUCUAUUGCUACUAACUAUAAAGACAUAGGAGUUAGGUUGAGUUAUUUAGGAUUUGGAGGUCAUUGUAAAGUUGAGGAUAGAUAUCAAAUUACAAGAUACGGCCUUGGGACACAGCUCAUCCCAAAGCAAAUCAGUGCUGAUAAUCAGUUGUUUGACUUUGGGUUUACUGUUAAUUUAAUAGCAGGGGUUAUUCUCUGUGUGGCGAUUGGCUUUUUGACAAUGCAGAGAAAGUUUUAUGUGUGCUUUAGCAGGCUGAUGCGUUACGCCCUCCUGUCUGUGCUCAUCCUGUGGAUAGCUGAGCUGCUGUUUGUGUCUAACAGCUGCGAUCAGCUUCUCUGUGGGGUAAAAUGGAAAGGUGUGGGUGCCAAAAACGAAGUAAACAAACAAAUCAGACUGCACGAGCAGUACCGGCUCCCCCUCCCCACUGUCAUCAUCACAACUCUUCCCGGUUCGGGAUCAGAAAUACUCAAGCACCUUUUCUACAACAGCUCAGACUUUGUUUACAUUAGAGUUCCCACUGAGCACGUGGACAUUCCAGAAACAGAGUUUGAGUUUGACUCUCUGGUCGAUGCCUGCGAGUGGUCAAGGUCAGACGCUGUGAACGGGCGGUUUAAGAUUAUUCAGGGCUGGCUGCAUUCGCUGGUUCACAACAUCAAGCUGCACUUGCAAAAUAUUCAGCUGGUGGAGGGCAGCAGGGUCAAACAGCCCCUGAGAGUUAGCCCCUCCAGAGACAGAAAGAAAAGGUUCAGGAGGAGAGAGCCGGCGUCUGAGCUGAGGGGUAAACUCAGAGCCAGUCUGGACAGAGACGCCGAGUAUGUUAGGGAGAUGAGACGCCACGUUGCCGAGUACCCUAACGCCCGCGUCGUCCUCAACAUGCGAAGCGGGAGCUGGGCGCUGAAACUGCCUUUCAUUCAGGAGGUUGUGGGACCCUCCUUAAGGACAAUCUAUUUAGUUAGAGACCCUCGAGCUUGGAUUUAUAUCAUGGUCUAUAACAGCAAACCUAGCCUUUACUCUCUUAAAAAUAUUCCACAGCACCUUUCUUUGAUAUUCAAGGAGGACGCUGUCAGGGAUGGGUGCCCAACUGUGGCGCCGGAGUUUAAAAUAAUACAGAGGCUGCUGUCCCGCUCAGAGACAAACCCUGUCAUGAUACUCGCUCAUCUGUGGCUGGCUCACACCGCGGCGGUGCUGAGGGUCAGCGAGAGCCUCCCCGAGGAGUCCUACCUCCAAGUGAGGUUUGAGGACGUAGUCAACUUCCCCCAAGAGACUGCCCAGAGCAUACACACAUUCUUGGGGGUGCCGGUGUCACCCGCAGCCCUCAACCAACUUCUGUUCACCACCUCCACUAACCUGUACAAUCUGAUGUACGAAGGGGACAUCUCACCAGCCAACAUUAACGUGUGGAGACAAAACAUGCCUCGGAAAGACGUCAGACUCAUAGAGGACGUAUGUGGGAGUGUGAUGAAAAAGCUGGGUUACGUCAGGUUCGCCAGUUGACUUCCUGCUGCUGGUCAGCUGAUUUAAGCUCUUGUUUACUGUAGCUCUAAGUAUGAGUUCUGUAGAGUUGUGUGUGUGUGUGUAUGGGGGGGGGGUUGUUUGUUUUUUUUGCACUGACCUUAACCCAUAAAGACCCAAACAUCCACUGAUCUAAAUUGUUUAAUAUCUA